AUGGACCUAAAACUAAAAAAUCCUGAGUUCUGGUACAGCUUUCAUGGUCAGGUCCCAGGCAUGCUGGACUGGGACAUGGGGAAUGAAUUCUUUCUGCCUUGUACCACAGACCAGCACCCCUUAGCGGAGCAAAAUCUUGCCAAAUACAGACUGAGAGUAAUGGAGCCUCCAAAAGUGACUCAAGGAAGGAAAACCAGUACUGAUGACGAUGGUCCUGACUCUGAACCCAACCUAUGGAUGUGGGUGAAUCCUAAUAUUGUAUGCCCUGUUGGCAAUCAGGAGGCCCCAAGCCAUGGUAACAAAAAGGAUGUAACAAGCAUACUCCCUUCUCCUCAGUCACUCCCAAAGGAUGAAGAGUCUAACUACCCAGAGACCACAGUGAUGGAGUUGCUACCAUCUUCCUCCAGCAAGCAGUCGCCCCUGCAGAAGCAGUUCACCAAUUUCCCCAGCAAUUGGCAGAUCACAGAAGAGGAGACUGAGGGACAAGAUGGCAGUUCCUCUGUGGUCCCCCAGUUCUCUAAGAAAGAGGAGAGCUUCCAGGGCCAAAAGCUAAGGCAAGGUAACAGCCAGGAAAAGAGGUCCUGGUCACGACCUCCCCUCAACUAUAGUCACCUGAUUGCCUUGGCGUUAAGAAACAGCCCCCCAUGUGGCCUGAAUGUGCAGGAAAUCUACAAUUUCACCCGACAGCAUUUCCCCUUUUUCUGGACAGCUCCAGAUGGCUGGAAGAACACUAUCCGCCACAACCUGUGCUUCUUGGGUAGCUUUGAGAAGGCUCCAAUCAACCUUCAGGAUGGGGUCACUACAAAGGCACGGUCUGGCCUUUGGAGGCUUACUGAGGAGGGACACCGCCGUUUUCAGGAAGAGACUCGAGCCUUAGCUUCUGCUCGAAAGGAAAGCAUCCAGGAGUGUAUGAGCCAACCUGAUGUGAUAUUCUCCCUCUUUGACCUUUAA